AUGCUUGGUGUUUUCCGCCAAUUCGGCGUCUCACAGGCGAUCCGCACAUCUGUGCCUCGUAGCCUUUCUUCACGAUGGGCUCCUCAACUGUCCAAGUUGCAGCCUUUGGCCAUCCGGACUCCUGCGCUUGGUCGAUCAUUCCAAACCUCCUUCCCUGCCCUGAAGGCCGCCGCUGGACCGGUGCCUACCCGGAUCGAUGAGGAAGAGUUGAUCACCAAGUUUGCUGAUCUCAGAAACAAUGAUCUUAUUGAUGAGAUGAUCGUCCGAAACAUCACCCACCCUGCUCGUAUGGGCUUGGAGACCAUGACCGCCGUCCAAAGCGAGACAAUUCACCAAAUGCUGAAGGGCGAUGAUAUCCUUGCGCAAGCCAAGACCGGUACCGGAAAGACCCUCGCCUUCCUUCUCCCUACCAUGCAGAACAUCAUGAACGACCCUACCCUCACAUUGAAAGCCGAUGGCCCCGCUCACAGACGCGGCCCAAGAGCCUCCUCCAGUGAUAUCAGAGCCCUGAUCAUCUCUCCCACCCGUGAGCUUGCUGAGCAGAUCGCUGCGGAAGCCCGGAAGAUGACCCCCGGCACUGGUCUGCUAGUCCAGACCGCCGUCGGUGGCACACAGAAGAGAGCCGGACUUCAGAAGAUUCAGCGUGAGGGUUGCCACCUGCUGGUCGGUACCCCUGGUCGUAUCAAGGAUAUCCUGUCCGACCCUUACAGUGGCGUGACGACUCCUCAGCUGAACACCCUCAUCCUCGAUGAGGCCGAUCGUCUUCUUGACCAGGGUUUCUCUGAGGAAAUUAAUGAGAUUUCCGCCCUGCUUCCGGAUCCUCUCCAGGUGCCCCGUCAAACUCUGAUGUUCUCCGCCACUGUUCCUAAGGAGGUCCUGAAGAUGGUUAACCGAACCAUGAAGCCGGAUUACAAGUAUGUCAAAACCGUUCGGGAUGACGAAGUCCCGGUCCACCUUAAGGUGCCGCAGAAGUUCGUUAUCCAGCCUGGUUAUGAGAACGCUCUUCCUGGUGUCCUCGAGCUUGCCCAAGUAUACCAGGCACGUCAACAGGAAGACCCCGAGUUGCGCCCGUUCAAGGCUAUUGUCUACUUUAACUCCACCAGUGAGACUCAGCUCGCUGCUGAGGCUUUCCAAAACCUGCCCCGUGGCAGCCGUGAGGACCCUUCCAAUGCCCCUCUGGGUCGCAUGCGCUUCCUGGAGAUCCACUCGCGUCUCAGCCAGCGCCAGCGAACCUACGCCGCUGAUGCUUUCCGCCGUGCUCCCGAGGCUAUCCUAUUCUCAUCGGAUGUGACUGCUCGUGGUAUGGACUUCCCGGAUGUCACCCACGUCAUCCAGAUUGGUGUUCCUAACGACCGUGAGACCUACAUCCACCGAACUGGCCGUACCGCUCGUGCUGGUAAGACCGGUGAGGGCUGGGUCUUCAUCCACGCCAACCAGAUCGAUAACCUAAGUGACAAGUGUCAUGGUAUGCCUGUCACGCAGGAUCGCCAGACUCUGCAAACUUCUUCUGUGGACAUGUCUAAGAGCAUUGAUGAUGCUCCUGAGGCCGCCCGCAACACUAUUGAGCUCAUCAACAACGCCAUGACCAAGGUCUCUGGAGACCUGAAGUUCCACACUUACCGCGCUCAGCUUGGCUCUACUCUGCAGACCUUCAACAGCAAGCGGACUGCCAUUAAUGUUCUCAACCGACUGGCCGUUCACGGAUACCGUCUUGCCGAGCCCCCAGCUCUUAGCUCCGCCCUUGUGAAGAACCUUGGACUCCGCAACAUCCCUGAAGUUAGAGUCGAUGACACCCGUCGUCCUUCCAGUGGAGAUGAUAACCGCAGACCCGGUGGUUUCGGUGGUGACCGUGACCGCCGCAGCCCUCGUGCUUUCGGAGGUGAUCGUGGCUCUCGUUCCUUCGGCGGCGACCGUGGUUCCCGUUCCUUCGGCGAUCGUGAGCGCUCCCCUCGCUCUUACGGUGGCGACCGUGGCGACCGUGGUUCCCGUUCCUUCGGCGACCGUGAGCGUUCCCCUCGUUCUUUCGGCGGUGAUCGCGAGCGUUCCUCCCGCUCCCGUUUGUUUGAUUAG